AUGGCUGCUGUUCGAGUAUUCCGGCCGACCAGCCUCCGCCAGUUCCCCGUCGUCCAGAUCCGCCGAAAUGCAACGCUCGGCACCAGCGCGAACGGCGAAGUGAUCAAUGUGCAGCAGAUUCCGGCACCAGGCGCCGGCCAUAUCAGAGUCCUGCUUCUGAACCGGCCCAAGGCCCGCAAUGCGAUCUCACGGCAGCUGCUGAACAGCCUGGGCAAGCACCUGGAUGACAUCAAGGCGGAACAGGGCAAGGGGCCGACGAGAGCGCUGGUCGUGGCGAGCAAUGUCGAUGCCUCGUUCUGCGCCGGAGCAGACUUGAAAGAGCGAGCCACCUUCACCAAGCAGGAUACCGAGGCGUUCCUGGCUCAGCUGCGGCAGACGUUCGCCAACCUAGACGAGCUUCCGAUCCCAACCAUCUCAGCCAUUUCUUCAAUGGCGCUGGGAGGCGGACUGGAGCUGGCACUGUGCACUAAGCUACGAGUCUUUGGAAGCACCAGUGUUGUUGGACUGCCCGAGACUCGCCUUGCCAUUAUUCCUGGCGCAGGAGGCACGUACCGACUGCCACGACUUAUCGGGAAGAACCACGCGCUGGACAUGAUCCUGACGGGACGGCGGGUCAGCGGCCCUGAAGCCUACUUCCUGGGCCUCUGCAACAGGCUGGUGGAGGUGACGCCCGAGGAGGCAGGGAAGCCGGGAGAAGCACGAGAGAAGGUUCUACGCGAAAGCAUCAGGCUGGCGCAGGAGAUUUGUGAAGGCGGACCGAUUGCGCUUGGCCAGGCUCUGAAGGCGGUUGAUGGAUUCGAAAGAGGCGCAGAGGCAGAGAACGAGGCGUAUCUUGGUGUCGUGGAGACGGAAGAUCGGUUUGAGGCUCUGAAGGCGUUUGCCGAGAAGCGGAAGCCUUCGUUUAAGGGACGAUGA